AUGAUAACUGAAUGUAAUACUAAGAAAUCAGGUAAAAAAUGGCGGUCGUUGACUCCCCAAGAUCGCCGGCCAUUUGUGGAAGAAGCUGAACGUCUACGGGUAAUUCACAUGACGGAACAUCCGAACUACAAAUACAGGCCCAGGCGGCGAAAGCAGAACAAGACAAGACCCAACCAGCCCACAGCGCCAUCUAGCGCUCCACCCUCUGCCACAACUGCAUUAGGAUCUCCAUACGCCACUGCCACUGACUCACCAGACACACGCUUCUCCCAUAACCCUGGAGCUGGUUUCUCCCCAUACCGAACUUCGCCACUUGCGCCAGACUCGUACCAAACAAGUCAAUUUAAUGGCCACGUUCGAACACCUGAAUCUUCCCCAGCUCGAUCUCCCGAACCCCAAGGAAGAAGAAGCACCCCAGCAGAUGCUUCAAGAAUCGGAACACCUGACGCGUCCCCUGUCGAGAAUGAAAAGGAGAAUUUUCAGUAUGAAGAAAGGCGGAGGGCGAUUAAUGCCUCAUCUCUCUCCGAGUCGUACUCCUACAAGUCUUUCCGAUCAACUGGGUCUUUCUCACCCGCGCCCGUAGCUGCCAUGGGAAUGGCAAACGGAAUGUAUGUGAUGUGUGCCCAAAGGUCUUUAGCCGAACAACCUCCUUUAGUAACUGGCACUUUCUUUCCACCAGUCGCUACAUCACAGGAUCAACAAGCUCUCGGCUCAACUGCCCCCAGGGUAUCCUCUGCACCAAGCGGUCCAAUGACAACAGAAUACAGCAUUCAAUACCAUCCAUAUGAACAAUACGAGCAAAUGUACAAAACAGAGGAUUCAUAUGUGUCCCACUACCCUGAUCAACCGAAAACUGAGUAUGAUAAUAGCGGAACAUAUUUCGCAGAAGAACCGCCUCAGGGCCAAGACAACGAGCAAGUAUUUAUACCUCGACCAGAAAUACGGACUGGAUCUCCUGAAUCUGACGUAGAUGCUCGAGAGUUUGACAAGUACUUGGAGUAUAACGCUCAGGGUAUGGAGCAGCACCAGCAGUAUAGAUAUGAACAGCAGCAGUACAGGCCGUAUUGCCCAGAGCAACAACCGCAAGAUUACUGUACAGAGAGGAUGUAUCCUUCUCCCUACGCAUCAGUUAUAGCUGGGACGCCCCCUUCAGGGCCUUACACGCCUGCUCCACCAGGCUUAGCCGAUGCCCGCCCUGACGAUGAAUUCAGCGUUAUCUUGGCUGGAGUAAGACAGACCUGUUACAGCAAUUGA